AACGUGUACUAUAAUACAUGCAGUAUAAAAAAACAAAGUUUCUGACGAAGUGUUGGGAAUCCGGAGUUAUCCCAGGCAAAUUCUGAUAAAAAUGCCAUUUAAAAUAGUGCAAACCGUGGAAAAAGGUGAAUUAUGUCUCAGUGUUGUGCCAUCGAAAUGGGAAGAGGACGGCAUUCUUCAUUGGCCCAAAAAAUCGGUAGUUGCUAGACUGUGUCACGAUGAGAAUUCCGUUCCUGAAUCCAACUGGGAAAAGUUGAAUUGCGUGCUUAAACGCCAGAACCUGACCUAUGCUGGAGCCUAUCAGGAGUUGGAAAGAAUGGAAUCGAUCCCCGAUACGGAAGCGGACGAAAAUGAGGUUGUGCAACCAAAGACGAAGAAAGCUCGACGUAAGGAUGUUCAGAAAAAGCCUUCGAAUGUCGUAAAGGAUUUUAACCAAUUUCUAACCAAUCCGGAAACCGCUAAGGACGAAUUCUGUGUGGAAUAUGCGAUGGAAAAUGACGAGGAGGAUAGUACGAUGAAUCCAGCUGAUAUGGUUGUUUACGAGGAGGAAUAUGUCACGGAGAAUAUUGUGGAGACUACAAAUUCCGGUAAUGAAAAAUCCCUGCUGAAUGCGGAAAUAGAAUGCAAUGAAAAUUUGCCGGAUAAGUCUGAGGACAGAGUCGAUCAACAGGAAGUCAAUAAUGCAACAUUGGCGGAAAUUGUUGCUAACCAAAUUGCAAUCCAGAAUAAUCAAUUGAAAAUGAUGAUGAGCUUGGCGCAACUUAUAACGUCCAUGGACAUUUUGACGAAGAAAGUGCUUGUAAUCGAAAAACAUGUACAGGCCGAAACUCACGUUUCCAUCAGUAAUGUGCCAUUUAAACCAGUAACUUCCAUCGAAGAAUUGGAUCGCCUAGAAGCGGAGCUGAAAAAUGAAGACUACAUGAAACGAACUAUCGGAAAACUGAGUACUGUUUGUGGAACUUCUGGAAAAGCUGAUGGCUUGGAUUCAGCAUACAGGCUAAUUGACUGUGUGAUUACAAGGGAGAUGAUUAAUAUGUGUUCAUGGACAGGGAUGGCACGCGAUAGCACAGAAGCUGCAAUGAAUCUACCGAGUGGUUCCAACGAGCCAGAGGCGAGUGCAUCGAAGAUUCCUCUAAAGUUCUACAUAAAGUUUCGCGAAAUGUUCUUGACAGUAAUAAGGCUAGCUGAUCAUGACUUCUCAGAAGCAUCGUGCGAAAAGUUUUUCAAGGUUAUUAUGAAAAACAGCAAGCAACGGCUGUCUUCGAAACUGUUGUCCACGCACAAAAACCGUCCGAAAAACCUGAAAUACGGAGCGCAAAAGGAUAACUCCGAUCUCGAUAAUUAAAAGCAUUUGUUGUGUACCGCAUUCGAACGGUAUUUUUGUUUGAUCUGUUUAAUAAACCAAUAUGAAACAAUAGAAACCAAA